AUGAAGAUCUUCGUUGCUACUCUGGCCCUGCUCGUCACCAUCGUCGUGGCUCAGGAAGAAGCCGAAAAAUAUACUUCCAAAUUCGACAGCAUCGAUGUGGAUGAGAUCCUGAAGUCAGAUCGGCUGUUCAAGAAUUACUUCCAGUGCCUGUUGGGCGAGGGCCGUUGCACACCGGAAGGCAACGAACUGAAGCGUGUCCUGCCGGAUGCUCUGGAGACGGCCUGUGCCAAGUGCAGUGACAAGCAACGCAGCGCUGGGGUCCGUGCCGUCAAGUACCUGAGUGAGAAUCGACCGACCGAGUUCAAGGCACUGCGAGCUCGCUUCGAUCCCGAGAACAAAUACAUCGAUCAAUACGUUAAUGAUGCCGAAAAAGAGGGAAUCACGCUGAAUUUGUAG